UCAGAAGAAAAUUAAAAGAUAUGUCACCUUACCCACUUGUUUCAUGUUUCAAACAAUGUGAAUUAAUCCAACUUCUGUUAGUAAAAAGCCAUACAAAAACUUCAUCUCAAGUUCAUGUCCACAUUAAUAUCACAUGGUAGCCAAGAUUCUUGCUGUCCCCCCAUCUAAUUUCAACCCACAAAGACAUUGGCUUAUAUAUACAAGUUUCAAGAACCAAAGGAACCAACCCAAGUCCAUCCAUCCUCUCAAUUUCUAAGAGCUUUCUAAAUUUCUUUCUUUCAAAUCUGACAAAAUGUCUAAAAUCACCGAACAACCUUUCCACAUUCGAUCUAACAGCAUGCCGUCUACAUCUCACCCUACAGUUCAAAGAGUCGAAGAACUACUCCACAAGCAGAGAGCUCAUGUAUCUUCAUCAAGAGCAACAAAAUUCGUGUGCGAUGGAUUGAGAAAUCUUGGAGAUUUGUUCGAAUUGAUUGAUGAGCUCAUUCGCUUACCUACUAAUCAGCAAUCUCUCCAUCCUGGUCAAAAGAAAUUAGUUGAAGGGCAACUUGAGGACUCCCUUAUGUUGUUGGAUCUCAUUGUUAAUGUGAGGGGUUGCAUAGUUUCCAUGGGCGAGCAUGUUAAAGAUCUUUAUUCCUCACUGAGGAGAAAAGGAAACGAAGCUUUAUCAACCAAGAAUAUUCAUAAAUUGCUCAAGAAUUGUCGAAGAACAUUGGUACGGAUGAAUCACAAAUCUUUAUCUUGCUCUGUUGGAGAAAAAGACAGCUCUACUUUGGUUAAGGCAUCAGAGGAAGCAAGAAUGAGCUCCAUCUCCCUUCUUCAAUCUGUUGUUUCUUUCUUGUCGAAGCCAAAACAAAAGGGUAGCAGAUGGUCUCUUGUCUCUAAGAAAAGAGUUGCUUGCAAAGAGAGUGCUAUUGAAGAGGAAAGUGCAGACAUGUGGCUACAAGCUUCUUAUGAUUGCGUUGCCUCUAAGGAGGCUGAUGGCAUGCAAGUGCUGGAGGCACAGAAUUGUUUGGAAUCCUUGGAGAUUAAAUUGGAAAGUCUUGAGUCAGGAUUAGACUGCUUGUAUAAGAGACUGAUCCAAAACAGAGUUUCUUUGCUUAAUCUCCUUAGUUUGUAGAGAAAUAUAUAGAAAACUGUACCCAUUUUGUAGAGAAGUAUAUAGAAAACUGUACCCAUCAACAUCUGUUAUUGGCACCGGCAUUUUAAAGG